AUGUCGGUUGACCUGGGUUCGAUCGAACGAACGUACGCCCAAGGGGCGUACCAAGAGGUGAGCAGGCAACACAAUGUAUUGAUUCUGGUGACGGCUGCCAUCCUAAGUACGUUGGGAUGGCUGGUUUUAUACUGGCCCCCUGCCAAGCCCGCACAGAUAUCACAGUUGGAUCAAUAUACCUGUGAUUAA